AAACGCUCGUCGCGAGCGUGCGUUGUUGUGAUUUGCGCGUCACGCAAACCGAGUCUCUCUUUGUCUCUCGUUUUCUCCCUCUUUCCCUCUCUCUCUCUCUCUCUCUCUCCUCUCUCUCUCUCGCUCUCGCUCGCGCUCUCGUCGAGUUUACGAUCGAAUCGUACGAGGCGAGAACAGGCGACGCGCUAAUCGGGCGACUAGUCUGUCCACUUUGUCCCACGCAGCUGUACGACUCGUCCAUGCGUCCUUACGUUACUCCACUGUCCCGAUCGCUAUACUGUUAUCUCUAAAUACCGACUGUCCUCCCGAAUGUGACAGCUCGGGAGCAAAAGCAAUUACGUGCGCUCCCUUUCCUCUUCUUUAUCACAAAAUGUAUGCACUUUUCCCAGUCGGUCUCGAUAAUACAGUCCCAAGUCGGCGUUAUAAGAGGAGUGCAAGUACUUUAUAGCGACACUAACCCGUUAGACGUAGAUCUAGUAAUAAAUUUACCUCACGACGGCAUACGGCUUAUAUUCGAUCCUGUUGUACAAAGGCUUAAGAUUAUUGAGAUUUAUAACAUGAAGUUAGUGAAAUUGAAAUAUUGCGGCUUGCCAUUCAAUUCGCCGGAAGUCUUACCGUCGAUCGAGCAGAUAGAGCAUUCUUUCGGCGCGACUCACCCUGGUGUCUACGACAGCGAGAAGCAGGUGUUUGUAUUGAAUUUCCGAGGACUCUCCUUUUACUUUCCAAUCGACUCCAAAUUCCAGCCUGGUUAUGCCCACGGAUUAGGCUCGUUACAGUUUCCUAACGGGACGUCUCCUCUGGUAGCGAAAACAGCGAUUUACGUUGGAAAUAUGCCAGCCGGUGGUAGCAGCGAAGAACACGGUUCCAAGACGCCGCCGCCACCUUUACCACUUGCCUGUUACCAUAAUAACUUGUACUUGGAAAAAGCUGAUAUCAUUCGAGACAAAGCACGUACACGAGGGCUCAGAUUACACCUUUUCACGGAAGGUAGUUCUGGAACGAGGGCUUUGCUGGAACCGAAAAAACGUUGUCUGACCAAAGAGGUAUUAUUCGGUGAUACUUGCGAGGAUGUUUUAAGCGCGCUUGGUGCCCCAUCUAGAGUAUUUUACAAAGCCGAGGAUAAGAUGCGUAUUCAUAGUCCACACGCGCACAAACGGGACAAAACAAAACGAUCAGACUUUUUCUAUAAUUAUUUUACUUUAGGUUUGGAUAUCUUGUUCAAUGCUAAAACUCAAUGUAUAAAAAAGUUUGUACUUCACACGAAUUAUCCGGGACAUUAUAACUUUAACAUGUAUCAUCGUUGUGAAUUUUCUCUAACUCUGCCCCCUGAAAAUAAUUCCACGGAAUCGGGAAAGCUGAUCGACGUUUCCCCCUCUCCUGUUACGAUCACUGCCUACACAAAAUGGGAUAGAGUGAGCGAGCAAUUGAAAGCGAGCGCGCGACCUGUGGUUUUAAAUCGCGCGUCUUCGACAAACACUACCAACCCGUUCGGCUGUACGUUUUGUUACGGCAUACGAGACGCGAUUGUCGAAGUUAUGGCGAAUCAGCAUAUCGCAAGUGUAACCCUAUACAGAACUGCGUGACGUUGAUAAUUUGCGCGAUGUAAGCAUUACAUUAUACGUAGCGUGAUUCAUGACAAACGGUCCAGGAUAAGAAAUUACUUCAACUCGACUUUCGCGGUCUUAAGUUUGCCGGUUUUUGAAGCAACAUAACAAAUCAAGUGGGCUUUGAGAGUCAAACGCGGUUAUUUAUGCGCUAAUUAACUUGUACAAUACUUGCUGAUUUUAAUAUGGAGAAUCUUUAGUUAAUUAAUUCUUAAAAAUAAUUGUGCAAUUAUUUUAAAAUGCAACAAUGAUAAGUGUUACGUAAAGUGUGAAUAUUAAGACGACUAAAUGAUGAUCGUGUAAAAUGUGUAUGAAAAUCAGGAACAAAAAAUAUAUAUAUAUGGAAAGUAAAAAAAAGAUAUCACUUCGAGAUUUAUCAUGCGCGUUGGUCAUGUGCGUAAAAUUUAUCAUUUCUCUUCAAGCCUCGUCUCGCAGCUAUGGAUACUUGGAUCAAUUUCACAUCGAUCUUACAUUAACAGAGACUUCGGUAAUAAACUUAUUGUUUCAUGGCGUCUUAAUUUCUCACAUCAAUCUUUACGCAACGUUAAAACUAGCUGGAAAUCUACAGCUUUAACUAUAACGCGACAAAAUGCUAUUCUAUUGUUAAACAUACUACCUUUUUUCUACAUGUAGAGUUAAAAGGCAUAAUUUUACCGUAUUACAUAAGUUAACAUAUCUGUACAAAUAAUUGUAUGUAAGUUCGAUAAUUCUAAGAAAUACGCGAAGAAAUUCACAAUAUUCGAAUUUCAUAGUAGACUCUGAAGAUUUUCGACGAGACAUUACAGUGAUUCUUCGUAAUAUACGCGAGAACCACUGUGGUGGCUGCUAGUAGCGAGGAUUAAAUAUACCUAAGCGUAAAAUUACAAUUCUUAUCACAAUUAAAUAAAGGUAAAACUUUUAUUUAAUUUUUGCCACAAAUGAUAAUUGAUAAUAUUUUUCAUUUCAACUCAUAUAUAUGUAUAUAUCUUGAUAUUGACCAUUCGAAGAAUCUGUAGCUGGAAGAAAGGCGACAUUACUUUAAGACAUGUCAAAUUCUGUCAUAUAAGUUUUUUGUGCGAUGCUGAAAAAGUCGAUAUAUAUAUAUUAUUGUAUUAUUAAAAGAUAUGUCAAGAUACUAGUAAUUUUUUUCGUCUAAUAAAGUCAAUUUUAUUUGGGAUUCCGCAGCAUCUUCCAAUUCUCAUCUCUCAUCAUAAUAUUGAUUGUUGUACAAUUGUAAAAAUUAAUAUGACAAUGGAAUUUAUUAGACAACGAAAAUUAUUAGUAUCCGAAAAAAAAA